CUGGGAUGCGAGUAUUAUAAAAAUCGAGUUACGCUUCACUUGAAAAAAGAGACAGAAGCCGCACUGCCCGGUGCUGAGAAAGGUGAGAGGCUGAGUGAGCGAGGGAGCGAGUGAGAGAAGGACCGAGAGGCCAUGGAGCAGCAGAGACAGAGGGCUCUCUCCACAUCAGGAGAAUCGCUGUACGCCGUGCUGGGAGUCGACAAGAACGCCACGACAGAGGACAUCAAGAAAUGUUACAGGAAACUGGCAUUGAAGUUUCACCCAGAUAAGAACCCGGACAACCCAGACGCAGCUGAAAAGUUCAAGGAAAUCAACAACGCCCACUCCAUCCUGGUCGACGCCACCAAGAAGAACAUCUACGACAAAUACGGCUCGCUGGGUCUCUACGUCGCAGAACAGUUCGGAGAGGAGAACGUCAACACCUACUUCGUUCUGUCCAGCUGGUGGGCGAAGGCUUUGUUCGUCUUCUGCUGCCUUUCCACAGGCUGCUAUUUCUGCUGUUGCCUGUGUUGCUGCUGUAACUGUUGCUGCGGUAAAUGUAAACCUCGGCCGCCCAUGGACCAGGAGCCCGAGUUCUACGUGUCCCCCGAGGACCUGGAGGCCCAGAUGACCGCUGACGAGAGAGAUGGCAGUGAGCCCAUCGUGAUGCAGCCAUCCUCCGCCACAGAAACCACCCAGCUCACCUCCGAUGCCCACCAAAGCUACAGGACCGAAGCAUACUAAACACACACACACACACACACACACGUAUACACACACAAUCAGCUCACACCUGACAGUUAUGAUACACACACACAGCAGCAAUCAAUACUACAAGACACACACCAGCAGAUACGACAUACCAUCACUCUACAUACAGUCACAGUCGAGCUCACCGGCUCGGCUCAAACUUUUCUAAAUUUGAAAUUUAACCCGGAAUGAGGAGAGAAGGAGUGAGGAAAAAAAACGGAGGAGGAAGAGAGAAAAAUAAACACUGAUGAACAAAACUUUUAAAUGUAGAUCGACUGGAUGUAAAGAGUCUUUAGUGAUCUCAGGACAGUUUUAUUUCCCGGUGUAACAUCCUUCUUUAAGAGCGACUAACUAACAGAAAUGACCCUGCCAAAACGUAGAAACAUUGAUACAGACAAUACAAAUCAUCUAAUUGACAACUACGUCCUCUAAUUGGAUGCUCAGUCGUCACAUUCAGUUAUAUAGAGCUGUGAAGUGGGAGAGGCUGCUGGUUCCAGGAGUGUUUUUCUCCGUUCUGUAUUCCUAUUUCACAUUUUUCUUUUCAAAAUGACUCAACAUAGAAACACAGGACUCUGCUGGAUAAUGUAACGAUCCUGCACAUUUAUAUUCUGACCGCCAGUUUACAUUAUUUCAACAAUUAUUUCACGAUUUGUCUGUGAUUUUGGCAUAACAGCGAAGAAUACUAUAAAAUCCAUGAACCUUGUCUGCUGUUGCUAUGGAGAAGAAGCCAAUCAGAGGCGGGAAUCAGAGCAGUAAUGAGUUCGAAGCAUUUCGUUGUCACAGUUGUAAACAAAACAUUUGACCCAGAAAUUAAAACCGACUCACGCUGCAGAUUGUAAAAUCAGUUCUGCACAUGUGACUGAAUUUUAAGCUCUGUGAUUGGCUGUUUCUUGCCGAAUUGCACCUUGGGAGAUGUAGUUAACUUCUACCCUGAAAUCUUUGUGUAGAAAGUCUUGUACUUUCACCUUUUUACUAAAACAAAAAAACAGAUAUUUUCUAACACAGUUGUUCAUCUUUUGUACUGAUGAUUCAACCGGUCUUCACUUCUGGAACCCAGAGCAGCUCCUCCGACUCCGCGACUCUAUUAACUUUUAUUGAGUGUUGUGUUUCUGUGCACACCGGCUCAGUCCUGAGGGAGACUGCUGUCAAAAUGUUGUGGAGGUGGUUGUUUUUUGCUCUGUUUUUGCAAAAAUCUAAAACCCAAUUUAUACUAUCCACAUGUAUGUAGCAGCAGGGGUCUGGGUUACGUAAAUGUUGUCUCGUGCCCCUGUCUGCUACCCUCUGAAUGGACCAUCAGGGUACAGCCCAAACUGUACGACGCAGACUGUAUGCGGGGAUAAUCAGAACCAUGUAGACAUCUUCUGCCAGCUGUCUGUGUCUGUUUUCGGACAAUAUCAGGCCCUCCAGUGUUGUUGAGACUAAACAAGGAUCUUCAACUUCCCAACUCAGACACAAGGAGGAGGAAAAAGCUGGCACUCACUCUUUUUAAACAAGGAUUUUAAUACCUUAAAUGCUUCAUCCUUGAUAUGUAGAAAUUAAAAGUUUCUAGAUGAUGUUAAUCAGUCUCAGCUUGUGGAUGAGAAUCAACUCGUCUACUCGCUUGCUGGAAAAACACUCAUGCUGGCUGGAAGUAGGUCAGUGAUCUUGUUUGUGAGUUCAGUGAAGGGUUAAUGGGACUAGGGAGGGGCCCGGUGGUGUUUAUUCGUCCUCGAUACCCUCGUGAACAUCACCACAGGAGACCCUCUCUCUCUAUCUCUGUGUGUGUGGAAAGCCAUUAACAAGGCUCACACUUCAACAGGUGGAACUGGCAUCAGUUCCCCCCCCUCUCUCCCUUCUCUUAAACCAAACGCUGAAGUAGUCUUCUCACUUGAAUCUGAUGCCUCUCUCUCUCUCUCUCUUCUGAAGUUAUUGAAAGCUUUAUAAAGAUGGCAAGUUACAAACUGUCAGGACUGUCAGAAGAAGAGAUUUCUAAAGAUCUGAACUAAUUACGGUUGAUAAAUGUAGGCAUGCAGCCAUCCAGGGCAUGUCAGCUUUCUCUGUCAUCCGGUAAUGUUAUGAUCCGUGAUUAUAACCACACAAGGGUUCCCGUAGUCUUCCAUAAGGAAACGCUGGAAUUCAUGCAGCUGCUGGGAUUGAAUCUUAAGCAGCUUUUGGCACACGUGGUCAUGACCGAACAAAAUAGCUGGAAAUCAACACCAGCCCAGCAGAUGAAUACUGCCAAAUGUGUUUCUCUGUCAACACAGAACAUCCUCGGAGAGUCUGAAAAAAGUUUCCUAGUUAUCAGUUACUCUUUAUUAUUUAUUGAAAAAAGUAAUCACACUCCUUCUCUCUUCUUCCUCUUCACUUCUUCCUUCGUUUAUGUUUAACCUCAAUCCACUUUUUUCUUCCACGUAUGAAGGAUUGAGCUCCCUGUUUCACAUUGAAAGCUGUGCUGUGUGCUUGCAGAGUCCAGUGUUAUUUAGUACAUGACCGUACAUUAGUGACUACUCGCUGUCACCAGGAAGAGCUUACAUAAAACACUGAUUGAGCCCCUUUUUUUUGUUUGUUUGUUUGUUUGUUUUUAGUUUUCAAUUUGUUUUGUGAGAAAGUUAAAAAAAAAAAAAAUGCUGUACAUGUCGUGUAAGCUGUAUGUUUAGAUUUUACGUCACUGUAUUUCUUUCGAGUCGGUUGGAAAAUUUGAACACUUGUUUCUAUUUGUCUGUAGAUUUGCUUUUCAUUGUUUCGGUUUUUCUUAUUUAUGUUGUUCAUGAAGGGAGGAUAUUGAUAUCCAAAGUCUUACUUGUUUCUGUGGCAGCAGUUUUGUAGAUGAUACAAUCUUCAUAGCAAAUGAAGAGCAGUUUAAAACAAUCAGACUGAUUAGUUACGUCAGUAGUGCAUCAUUUUCCAGAAUAACAGUCAGUUUUUCUCUAUUUGUCACACACAAGUAGCGCUCCAGUUCUGCUAUAGUAGAAAAUACAGAAACAUAACAGUUGUUUGUGUCAACAGUUUAAUUUGUUUUUUAUUUUAAAAACCACCUACAUUCAAUCAAAGAGGUUAAUUUAUUCACAUUUAAUUUCUUUGAUUGCUCAAUCAAACACACUCAUGUAUUUAUGCAUAUCAUGAGAAAGUGCAAUAAGUGCUAAUAAGCGCUAAUUAAGUCUCUUCCAUGGCUGUCCUCCACUCCCAAACCCCCAACCGCGAUUUGAAAGGUUGUUUCAGAGAAUCUGCAGGUCCUCAAAAAGCUUUUAAAAAGUCUUAAUUAAGCUGAGUUUGGGGCAACAAGACGAAUGAAAUAAAGUUAAAUUAAAAUUAUUAGAUGUGUUUACCAUCAAGUCCCUCAAAUACUAUAUUCCAUCAAUAUAGAGCUGAGUUAACACACAUUUGAACUUAUUUUAUUCCUUGUUUCACUUCUUAAGUUAGUUUUUAAGUUUGUCAUUUCAUUUGGACUUGAAAACAUCUUUCAGGGGCUUUUUAAAACGUUUUUAUAAGAUCUUGCAGGUUCUCUGUUUUAACCAAAUUUCUCUUUUCUUGAUUAGUUUUGUGCUUCAUGUCAUGUGAUCACCAGCCACUGAAAUGCCAUGUUGUUGAACCCAAAUCCCUCCUUUUUCUUUUUUUCACUUUUUUCUCUAUUGACCAAACAUGCAGCAGUGUCUGAGUGAAGCCUGAAAAUACAUGAACCUGGAGUCAAGAAACUUCCAUCGUUUAGAUCCAAAAUCUAAAACAAUGACAUAAAUAACAAGAACUGAUGCAAGUGUGAAUAUAGCGACCAGAUAAUAAUAUUGAAGCAUUAUUUUAUUUAUUUUAUUUUUCUUAUCUUUUUAAUAAUUGAUUAACGACUAGCUGGUAUGUCAAGGGGAUGUAUAGAAUUUUAGAUGUGAGCCAUUUCGACGAUGUGACGAAAUGGCAGACCUGCUGUAUAUACACGCAGUGGCACAGUACAUAGACUCAUAGAGGUUUUCUGUAUUUAGCAUGGGCUGAUAAUGUUUGCGUCUGUCAGGCAGACGUUUGGGUAAAUGAAGUAUCUGAUGUACUGUUGUAAAAUAAAUGUUUAUGAUGCUUCAAAGCUC